UCACACUCCACUUAUCAAGAUUUAACAGAAGAAGUAAGAAUUAGAGCUAGUCCGGACUCCGCACCAAAUAAUUUCCCGAAGCGAAGACGAGAAUAUUUUUCAGAUUUUGGAGUCGUGAGUUCGAGAAAUCGCUUCUUCUGUCGAUCGUCAAAGCCCUAGCUCGUAAUCUGGGCUGACGGAAAUGCGGAAGGUGUUUGCCUGUGCUCUUUUCCUCCUCCUCGCAACAUGGAUGACGACUGCCAGAUCCGAUCUUGUAAUUUCCAAGGUUUCCAUUGUCUCAUCGGAUUGUAAUAUUUCAGUUAGUAAAAGGUGCACCUUGAUGAUUGUUCUCUGUUGAAGGAAUAGUCUCAAUCUGUUCGGCCAUCAAUGAUCAAACCAUUUUUGAAAAAGAUUGAUUUGACUUCUCACAUUGUACGAGUGUUGUCUACUUUAAAGGUUGAGAAUGCUGGCCGUGUUGUUGUCUCAGAGAUUCUGCUGGCAAUUCCUAACAUGCAGGCAAAGAACCUAGCAAAUUUGAAGGCAUUUUAUAAUGAAGGAAAAGGAAAAGGUUCUGCCAUUAAUCUUCCUGUUGCUGAGGUUCAUCCAGAAGGCAUGCCCCGAGAAUUGAGCUUCUACUCUAUAUCAUUACAUGAGGGGCUGGAGAAAGGGAAAAGCUUGACUGUAAAUGUUCUCAGCAUAUUCACCCAUUCUCUGCAGCCAUUCCCCGAGGAAAUCAGUCAAUCGGAUGUUCAGCUUGUUGUUUAUCAGGAUAGUGCCUACUAUGUUUCGCCCUAUGAGGUGAAGUCCCAGUCACUUAAUGUUCUGCUACCUGGUGGAAGAGUGGAAUCAUAUACAAAACAUCCCAGUGGAAAACUUGUAGAUUCUGAAAUUAAAUAUGGGCCAUAUGAGAAACUUCCUCCAUUCUCUUACUCACCCAUAGUUCUUCAUUUUGAAAACAAUAAUCCGUUUGUGGUUGCUCAAGAAUUAGUGAGGGAGAUAGAGGUUUCUCACUGGGGCAGCAUACAGAUUACUGAACACUACAACCUUGCCCACAAAGGGGCCACUAACAAAGGCGGAUUUUCUAGGCUUGACUAUCAAUCUAGAUCAUAUAUGGGAGGGAGAUCAUCCCUUAGACAACUCAUUGCUAGGUUGCCACCACGAGCCCAUUCUAUUUAUUAUAGAGAUGACAUUGGAAACAUCUCAACAUCACAUCUCUGGGGAGACUCUAGAAAGACACAACUGGAAAUUGAACCUAGAUUUCCUAUAUUUGGUGGGUGGAGAACAUCAUUUACUAUUGGCUAUAGUUUACCACUGCAAGACUUUCUGUUUGUUUCUGAGGGAAACCGUUUCCUUAACAUCACAUUUGGCUGCCCUAUGGAUGAGGUUGUUAUUGAUGAUCUCAUUGUUAAGGUUGUUUUACCUGAAGGAUCCAAAGAAGUUUCUGUUUCGGUUCCAUUUCACACCAAGCAAUGGCAUGAGACAAAAUAUUCGCAUCUGGACAUUAUUGGAAGGCCAGUAGUUGCCCUGGAAAAGAACAAUGUUGUUCCAGAGCAUAAUACCUAUUUUCAGGUGCACUACAAGUUCAACAACCUUUCACUGCUUUGGGAGCCUCUGAUGUUAAUUUCCGGCUUCCUAUUGCUUUUUGUUGCAUGUAUUGCGUACAUGCACGCAGACUUGUCCAUCUCUAAGUCUUCUGCUUCAUAUAUUGCUAAACUUCAGUGGGAUGAGGUGCAAGCCACUGUCCAGCAGGUUCAGAAUGUCAUCAGAAGGUGCUUAUCAGCUCAUGAAAAGCUGGAGACCUCAUUACAAGAUCUCUCCAGGACUGGGGAUGUUCACUCUUGUAAAGCAACUCGGAAAAUAGCUGAUGGAUUAUUGAAGGAAUUGUCGAAAGAACUGAAACCCUUGAUGGGUUUUUUGCAAUCAUCUCCUCAGGCUGCUCAAAUAUGGCCUAAGGUGGAAGAGCUGGUUGCGAAAGAGAAGGAGAUGCAAGAAAAAUUAAUGCAGAAGCAUGUCGCGGUUGUCGAUUGUUUUGAGAAGAAAUACAGUGGCAGAGAAAUAGAGAACAGGGUCGCUCCUUAUCAGCAGAAACUAUCAGCCUUAAAGCAGGAAGUUGAUGAUCUUCUUGAUUAUAUUGAUGAGAUCUAAUCGAUUGCCUGUUUGAUGAUAUUAGCUCUUUUCAAUUCCUUUUGCUCAGAAAUUUGUAGGGAAUACCAAAAUUUUGGCUAUGCCAUGGCUAUUUAUAGCUUUUUUGAUAAGCUGGAAAGCUAAGUAAGAGGAACUUAUUUAACAAUAAAUUAUGAGUUUUGCUAGCUAGAACUGAUGUAUUUUAAUGGAAUUUUUAUUUUGCAAUGCAAAGAUAUGGAUCUGGAAAUUUUGUUGGGAUUUA